AUGAUUGAGGGAAUGGUGAAGGAUUGUGUUAUUGAACCUUCAUCUAGUCCAUGGUGUUCACCUGUGGUGCUGGUAAAGAAGAAGGACGGCAGCAUGCGGUUUUGUGUUGACUACCGCCGUCUGAACGACGUUACGAAGAAGGACAGCUAUCCCUUGCCAAGAAUCGAUGACACGCUGGACAUGCUUACAGGAGUAAAGUGGUUUAGCACGCUGGAUCUAAAAAGUGGCUACUGGCAGGUUGAAAUUGCCUCUAAGGACAAGGAGAAAACUACGUUCUCGACAGGAAAGGGUUUGUUGCAAUUUAAAGUUAUGCCGUUUGGAUUGUGCAAUGCUCCAGCAACGUUUGAAAGGUUGAUGGAGCUUGUACUUACCGGGCUAAUUGGCGAUGCCUGUCUAGUCUACUUGGAUGACAUCAUCAUCGUAGGCCGUACAUUUGAGGAACUCAAAGACCGUCUGUGCAAAACACCUAUUUCGGCGUACCCUUAUGCGGGCAAGGAAUUUAUAGUUGACACAGACGCAAGUGAUAUAGGACUUGGUGGUGUGUUGUCUCAACGGAAUGGUGAUCAAGAGGUUGUGAUAGCGUACUUCAGGAAGUGGUUGUCAAAUCCGGAAAGGAACUAUUGUUUUACAAGACGAGAAUUGCUUGCUGUGGUAAAGUCGUUGCAGCAUUUUAGCAAAUAUCUUCUGGGGCAAAAAUUUCACUUACGAACUGACCAUGCUGCACAAAAUGGCUAUUGCAGCUAUUGCAGAUGGAUUGAUCUACUGCAGGAAUACGACUUUGUGAUCGAACAUCGCAGCGUGAAAUCUCAUGGCAACGCAGAUGCAUUGACAAGAAGACCUUGCCCUGAAGAUUGCAAGCAUUGUACUAGGCAAGAGGGUAAGGAAGUCGUAUCUGUGAAGACCAGUACAACAAUGAGUGGAAGGACAGCCUACGACAUGCACAGCAGGAAGAUUCGGACAUCAAGCAGAUUCUAG